AGAUGAAGGUCUGAGGAAGCUUCACAAACUUUCCCGUAUACUUUUUUCCAUUUCCUGAUCUCUAACGAAUUUAUACUCUCAGUUUCUUUAUUAUGUAAAAGUGCAACAUACGAGAAUGAAGAAAAAAAACAAUAAAUAAUUAUUUUUUAUAAUUUUUACUGCAUCAUUUUUUUGAUAACAAAACAUUUUAAAAUUUAUUUAUUUAUUUUCUUUUUUAAAGAAAAAAAGAGUGAAAAAAAUUUAUACAUUAUUUUAUUUGCAUCAAUCGAAUUAUUUUAAAAAUUAAUAUGACUUGCAAAUUAUGUUUGCAAUAACAGGAAAAGUCAAUGUUACAAUUUUCUCCGGUUUGUUUAUCAAUAUGUAAUUUAAUUAUUCCAUGUGUCAAUUAAUUAAAUAACGGCAAAAGAAGAAAUUCUUCCUUACUAAAGUGAAUAGUAUAAAGAAACAUGGACCAAAGAUCUUGUAAAAUGAAAUUGGGGCACAGUAUAGAAGAGUCGAGAGCUAAAUAUCCUGAAUUAACAAAUGAAAUUUUAGAUGAAUUAAGAGAAUGGGGAGAGCAACGAGGCCUUUCAAACAUUCCCGAUGAACAACUUGCAUUAUUUGCACAUAGUUGCUAUUAUGAUAAAGAAGCCAGUAUGCGAUGCAUGAAAGUUUAUUACAGACUGAGAGCAACAACACCUGAAUUUUUUAACGACAGAGAUCCGAGAAUGGAUUAUCUUCAACGUUCCCUAAAGUCAUUACAAUUUGUUGCUUUACCAUUGCCCGAUAGAGAGGGAAGAAAAAUAAUUUUCCACAGAUUGUCAAAUACAACACCAGCUGCAUAUAUGUUCAAUGAUGGUAUUAAAUUGCUUGGCAUGACUUUGGACGCAAGUCUUUAUUCUGAGGGAUGUACUCCUGGUUAUGUAUUUCUCUUUGAUAUGCGUGGCGUUAAAUUAGCCCAUUUGGCUCGAUUGUCAAUCAACAGUAUUCGCAAAUUUUUUGAAUAUCUCCAAGAAGGAAUGCCCGUUCGACUUCAGGGGAUUCAUGUUUUGAAUACCGUUUGGUUCAUGGAUAAAAUUCUUUCCCUCGUCAGGCCCUUCAUGAAGCGUGAGCUCUUCGAAAUGCUUCAUCUUUAUUCCGGAGAAGUCUCGGAUAUCUAUGAAUAUAUUCCUCCAGAAUGUCUACCAAAAGACUUUGGAGGAGAACUCGACUGUCUGGAGAUUCUUCAUGACGCUCACUGUACAAAGCUUGAUCAGUUGCGUGAUUACUUUCGGGAUGAAGAGAAUCUUUAUCGAGGAUGGCGUGAUAUUCCAAGAAAUGAGCUUUCUUCAUCCACUUUAUCUAAUUGCCAAGGAGCGGAAGGUGAUACUAUCACAAUUGAAGAAACUGAAAGUGGAAAAAUCGACUGCACUUGAUAUGUCCUCGACCUUCUAUGAUGGAUCUCUCUCUCUCUCUCCAUUAAAAUCUUUAUAUCCAUGAAUUUGCUCAAGAGGAAUGAGAAUCUAAAACAUAAAUUUUAUUUAUUUAUUUAUAAUUUAAAAACUAUUUUUCAAAUAUCUUCCAAAUAAAAUAAUAGAAAAUAAUAAUAUAGUAGAGAAUUUAGAAUAAAAAAUAAUAGAAAAUAAAUAGUAGAAAUAGAAAAGAAUCGUUGCCAAUUAUAAUUAUGUAUAGAUAUUAAUAGAUAAUAAUAAAAAUUACAUUUUAAA